AGGUUUUCCGUCAAAAGCGGCGAAGAAGACAUUAGACAUGGCGGCGUCCUGUGCGGCACUCAUGCGGGCUCGCGCACUGGUCACUUUAAGGAGAAAAACUCCUGAAAUGAAGAAAGACAUCUGGUCAAACUGGACGUCGGUGUGUCAUUACAGGACUAAAGUUGGUGUCACACAUAAACAUCGGCGUUCUUCGCCGGAAACGGUUCACAAAGGUCCUGAUCUUCUUCGAGAGUUUCCCCAGCCGAAGAACCUCCUGUUCGCCACCCUGUCCAAGUCUCUGGGUCAGUCCGAUCUGUCGCAGUACAUCCAGUACACCUGCACCGAGGGAGAAGUCAAGAGAGCGACAGUCACGCUGCAGUGGCCCGAGAGGAUCGAGACCGAGGGCUUCGGGACGCGGAGGGUGGAGGCGGAGCGUCACGCGGCAGCAGCGGCUCUCUGUAGACUCAGAGAGCUGGGAGUCCUCCAUCAAGGAACGCAACCGUCCGUAACAGGAAUGACGAGACAGAAAGGGAGGCAGACGUCUGUCUGGGAAGAUGAAGAGGAUGUGGCUGUCCAUGAUCGUCUUAAAUAUCUGCCAUUCCAGAAGAAAUCCCAGAAGGAAAGAGCCCAAGGGACCACAGAAGAGGAUCCAGCAGUGACUGAGGCGCUCUCCAUAUUUCCAAAGCCUAAGGCAGUUCUUGGCAGCGUCAUUCAGGUGGCCACAUCAUCCAAUAGAGUCCGAGAGCUGCUUCAGUACAGAACUACCGGUGGAAAGGUAAAGACGUGUGAGUUGACCGUACGCUGGCCGGAGGAGAUGACCUUUACCGCUCAUGGACGUCGCAGACUGGAAGCAGAGUCGAAUGCAGCAGCACUGGCAUGUCUCCGGUUUAAGGAGCUGAAUCUUCUGGAUGAGCAGAACCAUCCUCUGACUCACGCCAGGUACCAUCAGCAGCAGGUGCGUGAAGCUGGAGAGAGACACAGACGGCCCUGCCGCAUCCACAUACCCACAGAUCUCGAGCGCAGGAUCCAGGAGUACCUCACACAGUAUCCAGUGGAGGCUGAGGUUCAGAAGCUGUGGGAUGAAGAGGAGCAGCGGUCCGUUCAGCGCGAGUCGUCCUUCAGCACUGAUGAUGAUGAUGAUGAUGACUUCAUCACAGAUGCGAUCACCGGUAAGCCGUACCGUGCUUUACGCUCCGAGGAGGCGGAGUCUCUCAGCGACCACCUGCUCAGCCUGUGGAUGAGGGCGGGGCCUGGCAGGGGGGUGGAGCUUCCCGUGGACUCCUAUAAAGACAGCGUGCUGGAGGCGGUGAGGUCCUCGCAGGUGGUUGUGAUCGCAGGAGAGACAGGAUGCGGGAAGACCACACGGAUCCCGCGCUUCCUGCUGGAGGGGCACGUUAGGAGAGGAGAGGGGGCCGAGUGCAACAUCCUGGUCACGCAGCCUCGCCGGAUCAGCGCCGUGUCUGUGGCACACCGUGUAGCGCAGGAGAUGGGACCCGCCCUCCGUCACUGCGUGGGAUACCAGGUGCGUCUGGAGUCACGUCCGCCGGAGCGCAGCGGUGGCGCUCUGCUCUUCCUCACAGUCGGAGUCCUGCUGCGCAAACUUCAGUCCAACCCCGGUCUGCAGGGCAUCAGUCACGUGAUCGUGGACGAGGUGCACGAGAGAGACGUGAACACGGACCUGCUGCUGGCGCUGCUGCUCUCCAGCAUCAAGGACAAUCCAGACCUGCGCGUGGUGCUCAUGAGUGCCACCGGCGACACGCAGCGGCUCUCGCAGUAUUUCGGCGGAUGCCCGGUGGUGCGUGUGCCGGGAUUCAUGCAUCCGGUGCAGGCCCGGUUCCUGGAGGAGGUGCUGGCGGAGAUGGGUCGACCGACACCGCCGAGGAGAGACCGAGUGGAUGAAAAGGAAGUCGCUCCUGAUCUGGAUCUAGUGGCUGAUGUGAUCGACCACAUUCACAGCAACGGAGAGCCAGGCGCUGUGUUGUGUUUCCUCCCAGGAUGGCAAGAUAUUAAAGCUGUGCAACAGAAGCUGGAAGAAAAAGCAACAUCCAGAUCACACUCAAAUUUAACUUUAAAGUUGCACUCCAGUAUGGCAGUAUCGGACCAGCAGACGGUGUUCCAGCGUCCUCCAGACGGACAGAGGAAGAUCGUCCUGACCACAAACAUCGCAGAGACCUCCGUCACUAUAGACGACAUCGUGCACGUGCUGGACACUGGCUGUCAGAAAGAGCAGAACUAUGACCCCAGAACCAAGGUCUCUGGUCUGAACACGGUCUGGAUCUCACAAGCUAACGUCACUCAGAGAAGAGGAAGAGCGGGCCGCUGUCAGCCUGGACAUUCCUACCACCUCUUCCCCGGAGGACAGCUGGAGAGCAUGGCUGUGUUUCCGGUCCCGGAGAUCCUGCGCACCCCUCUGGAGAGCGUCAUCAUUCAGGCCAAGAUCCACUGUCCCCGCAGCAAAGCUGUGGACUUCCUGUCACGAGUGCUUGAUUCCCCGGAUACUGCAGCAGUCAGAGUCGCUGUGAAGAACCUGAUGGACAUUGGUGUGCUGGACGCUGCUGAGAACCUGACGCCGCUGGGCGAGCGCGUGGCCUGCGUGUCGUGUGACCCGCGUCUGGGGAAGGUUCUGGUUCUCUCGGCUCUGUUCUCCUGUGUUCUUCCCGUCUUGUCUGUGGCGGCCUGCUUGACGCGAGACCCCUUCUAUAACAGCAUGCAGAACCGGGCCCUCGUCUCCAAGGCCAAGGCGGCUCUGAGCGGCUCCAGCUGCAGCGAUCACCUGGUCUUCAGUCGAGUCGUUCAGAGCUGGAGAGAGCAGCAGGGCAAAGAGAGCAAGCAGGAGUUUCUGGACACAUACACUCUGUCUGGAGCCAGCCUGCGCUUCAUACACGGCCUGAUGCAGCAGUUCAGUGAGAAUCUGUGUGAAGCUGGACUUCUGGAGGGUUCUGCUGAAGGUCUGCGUCUGUCGUCUCGUCUGAAUCUACACAGUCAUCAGGAGCAGCUGGUCAAAGCUGUGCUGAUCGCCGGGACUCUACCCCACCUCAUACAGGUGAAAAGAGGCACCGUGACCAAAAGUGGAAGAUUUCGGCCAGAGAAUCUGUCGUAUCGUACAGAAAGCGGCCCUGUGCUUCUGCACCGCUCCUCUGUUAACCGACUGCGCUGGCUCACCUUCUUCUCGGCGGUCAAAUCAAAUGGUCAGGUCAUCAGAGACUCUUCACGGUGGUUCAAUCCGCUGGCGCUGCUGCUCCUCACAGACUGUGACCUCAGCGAGAGAGUUGUUGGAGAUGGUGUGGAGGUGCUGUUACCGGGUCACUUUAAUCUCAUCCGCUGGGAGUUUUCUCCUCACGUCUGGGAGUUAUCUGGGGAUCUGCGCACCUCCCUGCAGGCCAUGAUCCACCGCAGUCUGCGCUCCGACCGCAGAUCCUCCUCCGACGACCGUAAGGACCGAGAGCUCGUCGCUUUAUUAGUGGAGCUGCUGAAUAACACGGAUCCAGAGUCUGCCAGCGAUCAGGGAGAGUUCAGCACAGAAGACCGUCUGUAAUGUCCACAUCCAGCAGCCCAACACUUCUGCAGAUGAAACACAAUCAGGGCAUGAUGAAUCAAGCUGCUUUAUUUAUUUAUUAAGGGAAAGAUUGGUGGUAUUUCUCAUCGGCAGACUACGUGAAACCCCAGAACGUUUUUGCACAAAGGUUUUUUUCAUAAAGUUCGGGAGGCAUAAACACUAGGAUGUGUACAUAAAAAUUACAUCUUAACUUUAAUAGCAGGUUGUGU